CCUGCUGCCGAUAAAGCCAUGUCGCGCACCGAUGACGUCCUCUUUACACCGCUGCCCGAGAGGAGGAUCGGAACUUUCAGUCCCCCAUCCAUCGAAAUUCUACAAUGGCCGAGGAAGGGUUACCGAGGGAGUUUGAGGUACCUGGAGGUAGUGACCUUGCAGGGAAAGGCGUUGCUGCUGGAGGUGUGAUGGAUGUUAACACCGCUCUCCCUGAAGUGCUUAAGACCGCACUAAUCCACGAUGGCCUCGCCCGUGGUAUCCGUGAAGCCGCCAAGGCUCUGGAUAAGCGUCAGGCCCAUCUGUGCGUCCUUGCAGCAAACUGCGACGAGCCCAUGUACGUCAAGCUGGUGGAGGCCCUCUGCGCUGAGCAUCAGAUCAACCUGAUCAAGGUUGAUGACAACAAGAAGCUCGGCGAGUGGGUUGGUCUAUGCAAGAUCGACCGUGAGGGCAAACCCCGCAAGGUGGUGGGCUGCAGCUGCGUCGUGGUCAAGGACUAUGGCAAGGAGUCUCAAGCCAAGGAUGUGAUUGAGGAAUACUUCAAAGCCAAGAAAUGAGCCGUUAAUAAACGUUUGAAACGAA